AUGUUAGAUUUCGUAAUAGUUUACCAUCCAUUUGUGUCAAUGUAAGUUGUUAUUUCAUUCUUGAAUUUUUCCUGGAUUUUUCUUAAAUUAAUGAUCUAUUUUUUCAGAAACCCAUCUCUCGAAUCAGUGAAUCUUUGGAACACAUUUCCCGACCCUACUUUCAAUGUCCCAAUUCCGGCCCAGGACGGCACCUACAUGGCCGAGACCCUAACCAACGACAGAAACAACAUGGAAAGUAAGUUUUGAUGGUUUUUUUUGUAGUUGAGGAUAUUAGGGAACUGUUCGGAUUGUUGUCGCUUGUUUUUUUGGUGGUUCUUCAAUUGAUUAUUUUAUUUUCAGAUGUUGCUCCAAGAUUUUACUGCCCUACCCCAAAUGUUUACUACCCAUUUUUUACUAUGUAAGUUGUUGUUUCACCCUUGGUUUUAGCCUGGUUUUUUCUCAAACUAAGGUCUGUAUUUUCAGAAACCUAAAGUUAAAAAAAAAGUCGACAUCACCUUCACCUACGCCACAUUCCCCGUUCCAUUCGUAACACCCAUCCUCCCCUCCCACUCCCACCACACUCCUCCCCCAUCACACUCUCUUCAGAAUGUAUUGAUUAUUUUAUUUUCAGAUGUUGCUCCAAGAUUUUACUGCCCUACCCCAAAUGUUUACCACCCAUUUUUCGCUAUGUAAGUUGUUGUUUCACCCUUGGUCUUAGCCUGGUUUUUUCUCAAACUAUAUGGUGUAUAUUUUCAGAAACAUAAACAUCACCUUCAUUUACGCCACAUUCCCCGUUCCAUUUGCAACACUCAUCCUUCCCUCCCACUCGCACCGCACCCCUCCUCCAUUCCACUCCCACCUCACUCCUCCCCCAUCACACUCUCUUCAGAAUGUAAGUUUCGUGGUUUAUUGGUAGUUGGGGGAAAUUACGGAUAGCUUGAGAUUAUUGUCAAUUCUUUUUGAGGGUUCUUGAAUUUAUUCUUUUAAUUUGCAGAGAUCUCCAAGCCCCAUGCAACGGAUAGCUUUAAAAAAGAAAAAAAAAUGA